GUCUUUCUUUUUUUACCAUCGUCGACGCAACUGCAACCUCCACUCCUCUUUCGCUUCCGAUUCUCCCGGCAAAUCCCAGGAAAAUUCUGUUUGUGCCAAUGUUUUCGGAGUUUUCUUCGACUUCUGGCAGAUCGUGUAUGAUGGGUUGAGUUUGGGUAGGUUUGUGUUUAGGGCAAGAUUCGACCCGCAGAUGGGGAAAGUUAAGACAGACGGAUGCAAAUCUGGAUCUCUCCCCAAUCAGGCGAAUCCGUACCGAAUCAAGAAGGGUGGUAUUAGGAAAGGAAACCGCUCGGGGAAACACGGGAAAGGUCUGAAGAGAAAAGCGUGGAAGGGUGUGACAUGUCCCGUCUGUCUGGAAAUUCCCCACAACACGGUCCUGCUCCUCUGUUCGUCUUACCACAAAGGAUGCCGACCUUACAUGUGUGAAACUAGCAGCCGUUUCUCCAAUUGUCUAGAGCAGUACAAGAAGGCCUACACCAAAGAGGAGAAGACCGAAACGCCACCUCAGCUCUUGUGUCCAUUUUGUCGUGGUCAGGUGAAAGGUUGGACCGUUGAUGAAGAUGCUCGGAAAUAUCUCAACUCCAAGAAAAGGGCGUGUUUGCAAGACAACUGUACUUUUGUUGGAAGCUACAAACAGCUCCAGAAACAUGUCAAGGCCGUUCACCCGAGGGCUCGCCCUCGAGCCGUAGACCCUGUUCUGGAAGAGAAGUGGAAGGAGCUGGAGUUUGAGAGAGAGAGAAGCGACGUGAUAAGCACUAUAAUAUCCUCUACACCCGGGGCGAUGGUCCUGGGAGAUUAUGUGAUCGAGCCCUACAACGAUGUUUACGAUCACCAUGAUGACGAAGACGACGAUUUGGACUCAGACUCUGAAGAUUCUUUAGAUGAUGGCGGAUUAUUCGAUCUGGGUUCAUUUAGAGGACAAAAUGAUCUGUUCAGAACGCGCCAUUCAUUUGUUCGGCAGCUGUUCUCCCCCCGGAGCCGGUGGGUUCGUAGCAGAGGUGCGAGCAGAAGCGGGCAAACGCAAGGUACGGAAAUCAUAGACGUAGAUUGAUGUUCUAAUAGUGCAUUUGUUUGGAUGUCGGAGCGUGGAGGGUUUAGGGUUUUAGGGAUGGCUUUGGUGUUUACUGCCACAGGACGAAGAACAAAGGCAGGUGUUUAGGCAGUGGUUUAGGGUAUUUUGAAGAACGAAAAAUCAGCACAGAUUGAAUUGUUGAUGCAAUAAAAAGAAGCAUUUGUAAAAAAAAAAACUUUUCAUAUGCUUCUCAUCGGAAUCAUUAUGGACUUA